AAAUAAAGGAUAAAGUCAGGUUCUUUCAUGUCGUUCUGUUCUGCUCUCCUUAGUAUUUUCAGUUCAUCUUGUGAUUCUCACGUUUGCCUGAGUUUGCAGCGCUGGGUCUGCAUUCCAGGCACAGAGAAGAGGGUGAGGAGCCGACCAGGGACUGCAUCCUGUUCCUUUGAUCAGGAAGCAAAGAGUCCCAGAAGCCCCUUGCCUCUUCCUCCUGCUGCUUCCGGUUUGCCAAACACUGAGAUCUACAUCUCUCCAUCUUAAACAUCUAUGGGGCAGUGUACGUCUCUCCCUGUGGGCCUCCCCUCCAUCAGCCACUUGAGCUCAGUGACAUGUCCCCACCGAGGCAGGUAAUGUGUGCCCCUCCACCCCUCUGCGGACUGCGUUACUCCCAUGUCUCCCUUCUCACUGCUUCAGUGUGCAGGAAGGCCAUACUUCAAAGCUGAGGACAGAUUUAAAGAGCUUAGUACAAACUGCACUCUGGGCCUAGGAGCGUCUCUUUUCUUCCAGGUUACAGCCGCUCCAUUUGCUGGUUCUCUGUUUCGAAGACAGCAAGAGGCAGACAAAGAGAAGAGAAGUGGCCCUGAGGAUGGGACAGGCAAGCCGUAUUCCACAAAAAAGCUUAAAGAAACAGCGAAGACCAGCCUGCGCGCCAAACCGCCCCAGUUCCCCUUCGCUGUCCACAGCCGGCCUCGGAGGGAGUGGCGUAAAGCCUCCUGGGGAGCCGUGGGAAGCGGAACGCACUGCAGCUGCAGGUACGCAGUAACCAGGUGAACACAGUUUAUUUCCCAACGCACCCUGUGACCAGCCACAUUUUUCCUUUCAGUGGUUUACAACUUUGUCGUUACUGUCAUCACUUCGGCAUUAUGCAAUAUAUGUAGAAAACAGUAUAAAAAGUAAACAGCUUAACGAAGCCCCAAGCCAGGUCUAUGGCGACGAAGACUCCCCUCUUGAAGACUGGGCCCUGCUGCCCCAGGGCCGGUGGCACUGUCUUUUGGUGCUGAGAUCACACUGAAGGCUUGGAGAAUGCUAGGCAAGAGCUCUGCCACUGAGCAGCUACAUCCCAGCCCUGGUCGUCACUUUACCUUCAUUUCCUUGCUUUCUUGCUUUUCCUAUUUGAUAAAGGUGAGGGAUUAAAGCAUUUACUCUUUUAUGACUGACAUUUAAAAAAAUCUUAAUGAAGUUACAAUUUAUUUACCAUGAAAUCUGUCUAUUGUAAGUAUAUAGCAAUAUAAUUCACUGUGUCGUUGACUAUUUUGCUCAUAUGUAUGUACACACACACACACACACACAUAUUUUUUGGUGGUACUGGGGAUUGAACCCAGCACCUCUGCACUCAGCUACAUCCUUAGUCCAUUUUGUUUUUUACUUUUUUAUUUUGAAAUGAGGUCUUGCUAAGUUGCCCAGACUGGGCUUGAA